GAAAAAGAUCUUAAAAAUAUGCUACCUAUUCUAUUAAUUGAUAUACAAGACUUAAAUCUAUACAAUGAUAAUAUACAACCUUAUGAUAGACCAGAAAUGUCAAAUUAUAUAUUUAAUACUUUACCUUCAGCAUUAGUUUCCAAUUUGUCAGAUAAUAAGUUGAAAUUAAAUAAUUUUGAUAAGAACAUAUUUGGGUUGGAUGAUCUUGAAGAAAUAGUGAAGCAGGGGUCUUUACUUUUUACGGCUUCUAAUACUUUAGAAAAUGGUAACUUAUUAGGAUUAGGGUUUGAUUUAGAAAACAAUACAUUAGAGUUCGAACUAGAUAAACAAGAAUUCAAACUAAAUGAACGAACAUCUGAACUAGAUAAACAAGAAUUUGAAUUAGAGACACAAAAAUUUGAAUUAGGAGGAGGAAAUAAUAACA